AUUUUCCUAGCAGCGGACUUCCUCCUGCAGGGGAAUCCCUGGCUGGGAGGAGCAGGGCCCUUCCUCUUGGCCGCCUCAGGACAUUCAGCAGUUGAGCAGAGAACCUUAUGUAAGAACUCUUCUUGGGAAACAGGAAGUCCGGCUUGCCAAGUUCAGCACAGGGAGUAGUGCAGGCCUGGUUCCAACACACCCGGCCCAGCCUUAACCCCAGCACCCUGCCAGUUUCUUGUCCUUGGUUCUCCUCCCUGCUGGCCCCUAGCCCCCCUUUUUUUUUCAUUUCCAGUCACCCCUAACAAGCCUCCUCAAAGCUGUCAUUUGUGCCUCAGGCAGAGAGAGAGUCCACCACACUCACCUUCUAAGGCUCAUGCUGCUGAGCUUGUCCCCAUUCCCUGCCCCUGGCACCAUGCCCCAUAACCAACCGACCUUCCCUCCUCCAACUUAGGGGCCGCCCCUGGGCUCCUGAACGCUGACCGCUCCUUCUGGGUGUCACGGCUGCCCUGCCCUUCCUAGAUAAUUGGCACCAAAUUCUCCUGAGGCUUGGGGGGAGGGGGCCAGGGGUGUCAGAGGGACACUUGCUGGGGACCAGGGGACUAAUAGGACCCUAGCUUGAUUUCUUCCUAUUCUCAAGUUCCUUUUUAUUUCUCCCUUGCGUAACUCGCUCUUCCCUUCUGCGCCUUUGCCUGUAUUCCCACCCUCCCUGCUACCUCCUGUCCACCUCACUUGCAGCCCACAGCUGUCGGCAGGGUCCCUAGCUCAUGCCAGCCUCAUCUCCAGGCAACAUGGGAGGCUCAGUCAGAGAGCCAGCCCUUUCGGUCACUCUUUGGUUGAGUUGGGGGGCAGUUCUGGGGGCUGUGACUUGUGCUGUCGCACUACUGAUCCAACAAGCAGAGUUGCAGAGCCUAAGGCGGGAGGUGAGCCGGCUGCAGCGGAGUGGAGGAGCUUCCCAGAAGCGGGGAGAGCCUCCAUGGCAGAGCCUCUGGGAACAGAGUCCUGAUGUCCUGGGAGCCUGGAAGGAUGGGGCCAAAUCUCGGAGAAGGAGAGCAGUACUCACCCAGAAGCACAAGAAGAAGCACUCCGUUCUGCAUCUUGUUCCAAUUAACAUUACCUCCAAGGACUCUGACAUGACAGAGGUGAUGUGGCAACCAGCUCUUAGGCGUGGGAGAGGCCUGGAGGCCCAAGGAGACACUGUCCGAGUCCGGGACACUGGAAUUUAUCUGCUAUAUAGUCAGGUCCUGUUUCAUGAUGUGACUUUCACCAUGGGUCAGGUGGUAUCUCGGGAAGGCCAAGGGAGAAGGGAGACUCUAUUCCGGUGUAUCAAAAGUAUGCCUUCUGAUCCUGACCGUGCCUACAACAGCUGCUACAGUGCAGGUGUCUUUCAUUUACAUCAAGGGGAUAUUAUCACUGUCAAAAUUCCUCGGGCAAACGCAAAACUUAGCCUUUCUCCACAUGGAACAUUCCUGGGGUUUGUGAAACUAUGACUGUGCUAUAAAGGUGGGGUUCCCAUUCCAAGAACUGGCUAGACAAAGGACAGCAAGUGGUCAAGAACGGUUCUCCUUGGUUUUGACGUCUUGACUGUUGUUCCCCCCUUUGCCUUUCCCGAUCCCACUAUCUGGGUUCUGACUCCGUAGAUAUUAAAGAAGUAGAAUAUUUUGUGUUUAUCUCCCACAUGGCCCCAAAUUCUUUUGUUGUGUGUGUUAAAGGGGUUUUGUGCACUGUGCCAAGCCUUAUCCACUGGAAUGCAUCCAGAACAGCACCACCAUCUAGCGGCAGUUUGAGGAAAGAACACGGUCUCUGCUAGGGAAAACGUGUUCCUCGGCCACAACUCUUCAAGCCCCCUGCUUCAAUGUACAAGAAGCCCGAUUUUCACUAUCUCACUAUUGCGUCCAAAUUCUUGUUACUGUCUAGAAAAAAAAUGUAUUUUAGGUGCCUCGACAUCCAUUCCAUUCAUGCUCCCCAUUCCCCUAGCAAACUUCCGAGCUGAACAUUGUGCUUCACCGCUUUAAUCCCAGUACUCGGAGGCCUAUCUCUAUGUUAGCGGUCAACUUGGUCUAAAUAGUGAGUUCCAGGCCAUCCAGGGGUUACAGUGGUUGAGACCCUGUUUCAAACAAAUAAAAGACUCUACAAGA